GCGCGGCGCCGUUGAGGGCGCUGCCCCACACGCUCCCGGGGCGCUUGGGAGGAUCGGCGCCCGGGCCGCGGAGCGGGGGCAGGCGGGCGCUGCCGGAGCGCGAGCCCGACGCCGCGUCUGGAGCGGUAGUGACUGGGGCUUGGGCGCCGCCGGCCCGGGGUUGCCUCGCACGGGGCCCAGGCCCCUGUCGCGGGCGAGGCGGCCCCGAGAGCAUGAGCGGGCAGCGCGUGGACCUCAAGGUGGUUAUGCUGGGCAAGGAGUACGUGGGUAAGACGAGCCUGGUAGAGCGAUACGUGCACGACCGCUUCCUGGUGGGGCCCUAUCAGAACACCAUCGGAGCCGCCUUCGUGGCCAAGGUGAUGUCUGUCGGAGACCGGACAGUGACUUUGGGCAUUUGGGACACAGCAGGCUCUGAGCGCUACGAGGCUAUGAGCCGAAUCUACUAUCGAGGUGCCAAGGCUGCCAUCGUCUGCUAUGACCUCACAGACAGCAGCAGCUUUGAGCGGGCAAAGUUCUGGGUGAAGGAACUGCAAAACCUAGAGGAGGGCUGUCAGAUCUACCUGUGUGGCACCAAGAGUGACCUGCUGGAGGAGGACAAGCGGCGUCGACGUGUGGACUUCCACGAUGUCCAGGACUAUGCAGACAAUAUCAAAGCUCAGCUCUUUGAAACAUCCAGCAAGACAGGCCAGAGUGUGGACGAGCUCUUCCAGAAAGUGGCAGAGGAUUACGUCAGCGUGGCUGCCUUCCAGGUGAUGACAGGGGAAGCUGCCUGGACCAGACUUCCUUCCUGCCAGUGUUCUCACAGGCGACCUGGGAGUCCAGCUCCAGUGAGUAGAUGCUGCCAAAACCUGUGAAAAAUCACUGAUACACUUCAUGCCCUGACUGUGGUGUGGGGUAGAAGAUAUGAAUACAAUUAUUUUCUUCAAUGCCAAAGAUGUAGAUUUGGUAGUUGUUCAGAAGAGGAUCAACAUAGUGAUUUAAAUCACCUCAAACUCAGGAACUUUAGGGAGAUGCAGACAUUUAAAAACUUGGAUGCUUUUGUAGCGAUGAGAGCUAUUUGCUAUCACAAUGGGUUGGCUUCAGUAGAAGCAGAGGCUUUGAAUUUAACAGUUUCCAUAAUUUUCCCCUGACUUAACAGGGUUAGGAGAGGUAUUUGUUCUCUAGCUAUCUAUGGAAGCUAUGGCUUCCCCCUGGGAAAAGCUUCCUGGGAAAGGGACUUUGAGGCAUAUUCUCUUGAUAUCCGAUUUCCAAGCACUUGGCCAAAUACCA